AUGGUACCAUUCCCUCUGACCUGUGGAGGUGGUCGACAUGCAACACCACCAUCUGAGCCUGUCAGUUUGGCAACUCUUCAUCCAUCUACUCCUGAGAGCCCUGAUCCUUUCACUGGGAAUGACUUGGUGCCUUUCUUCUGGACAACUGGUGGUGGUCCUCCUCGAACACCUCCCAAGAAUGGUGCUAUCCCUGUCCAUCCCCACACUCCACCUUCCCUGUCACUUUGGCUGAGAAAUCGGAUUGGUAUUCCUGCUUCUCCUGUUCUCCCACAUGUCUUGCAUUCUCCACUGCCACCCAGUCCAACACAAGAUGUCUUUCGUCCACCCACCCAGUUGCCUGCUUUUGACAUCCCUGCUCUUGGUCCGGAACUUUUUUCUGUUCCUGAUGCUGGCACGGAGCCCCAGAAUAUCCAGGCUCACCAUCAGGAAGAGGAGGAGGAAGAGGGUGAGAAUGGCCACAGAGUCCAAGGUCUCCAUGGUUGCUCUCCUGCACGCAUUCACGAGAUCAGCAUCCAAGCAAUCCACGACUUCUCUGGUGCACUGCAUCAGGCCAUUGAGUCUCUCUGGAGAAAUGCAGAAGCUCAGAGGGAGAUACACCAACAGGAAGACGUCUCAAGAUCCUUACCUGAGCACCAGCCACAUCAAGGUGGCCAUGUGCCAGUUCCUCCACCUACACCUCCACCAGCUGCUGAUGAACCACUUCCACAACAUCACAAUGAAGACUGUGCUGUAUCUGCUGAGGACAAAGCCCUGUUGGAUUCUGUUCGAGAGAAAAUCAUGGGACUGUCUAUGGAGAAGUGUAAUGGAUGUCAUGAGCAAUGGUUUGAUCUGGGAGUCAAGAAUGGCCUAUGCAGCAAAUGCCAGAAGAACAAAAAGUUUCAACCAUCAAACUGCAUGUAUCCUGGACCAGAUGUUCCCAAUCUUCCUGAGCUCAGUCAGAUGGAGGAAAUGCUCAUAUCCCUGUCCAUGCAUUACUCCAAGUCUGGCAGGUUCAUGGCCCACCAUGUCACUGUUGACAGCGACUUGCUCCAACAGGUUCCUGAGGAUGGAUCUGUAUUUGACUGUGUAUGCAACAUCACCACAGAGACUAUGUCAGAGUCCUUUGAGGAGGGGCCACCUGAAGCAGAUGAACCUGACCAGCAAAAUGCAGCCCCCCUCUUCUCCCAUGGAUUUGUUCCAAAUGUCCACACUGCCAAUACUGAACUUGAGGAGCUUCAUGCUGCAGCCUUCCAUAAUGACCAGCCCAUCAUCCUGACAAUGCCUGAAGUCUGGAUGAAGAUGCUGAGGGUCUUGAAUCUGAGAUUCGCUUGGCUGAAGGGGCACAUGUUAUGUUAA